UUGAAUAUUGUUAAUAUUAUUAUUUAUUUAAAAUAAUUAUGUUUGGAUCAGUCUUAAAUAUCCGCCAUUGAACGGGCACAGUUCUAAACCGGUGAAGAAGGUGCGCGCUCGAGAUCUUUCAAUAUACAAACACCGUGGUUCUGUUCGCUGUAUUCCACGCCAUGACUAAAAUUUGUUGGAAGAGUAGGAGUGCAGGAGCUGUGACAGGUCAAACGGUGAAUAACGAAAUUACUUAAUGUUUACUCGAUAAAAGGAUUUCUUGUAUCGAACAACAUUGACAGAUUUAUCCUCGGUUCUUUAUUUCUGUUUCGUGAAUUAUUGUUAGCGGCGAAGAUUUGCUAUUUUCGUAGGAACUGCAGAACUUAGAAGACAAGAGGAGAGCAAGCGCAGAAACUAAAAAGAAUGGAGGUAGAUGAAUGUUCAGCUGGUGGUGAUAGUGGGGCUGAAGAAGAUGAAGAUGAUGCAUCUUCUCAUGGAUCUAGAAGUAAUAGUAGUACUAGCAGUAUCAGUGGAAGUAGUACUUCAACUGAUAGUGGAGAUGAUAGUGGAGAUGAGCAUGGUACAAGUGGCACUGAAAGUCAUAGUUCUGGUGAAGAAGAUGAAGAAGAAAAUGAAAAUACAGAAUAUUCUGUUAAAGCAGAAAGUCCAGAUACUCUGAAAUGGGAAACAUGUAUUGCUGCAAACACUAAGAUAAAAUUACCACAAGAUCUUUGUGAACAUGCAGCUAUUUUUAAAGAAUUUCUGGAUUAUCCUUAUAUUUGGAGUGAAUGCCUUAAUGAAAGUCAAAAAGAUACUUUGUGCAACUUUUUACCAAUUUUUCCAAAGGAUUGUGAUGUAGAAGCAGAAACCAAGAAAACUUUACGCAUGUUAUUUGAACAUGAAAAUCACAGAUUUGGUGUGGCACCUCUAGAUGCAUUUCAAAUUCAUUUGUCUGCUGGUCAUUAUCGACCAGAUAUUAGAAGAAUGUGUAGCUUGGUACAUAAGGCACAGCAAAGAAGAUUGUUAUUUGAAGAACGUAAACGAUCUUAUGAAUUGGCCAGUCAAUUGUUAAAAUCCAGAGAAAGCUUGUUGUCUAACGCCUACAAACAAGGUUUCUGUCAGCCGACGCAACGAACGAUGUCAAAAAUACACUGGAGGAAACCAAAACCUGCUAUGGUUGAAGAGAAAACGCAACUGCGCUAUUUGGAGGAACUGAAUGCACUGAGGACAGAGCUUGGAGCAAGCACAAAGUUAGCGACCGAUACAACAUCUGAGAACGAGGAGAACUAUCCCCACUAUCAAAUGUCUGGAGCUAAGCAGAAGAAGAAGAAACGUUCUCUCAUGGGAGCCCAAGGACUGUCCAUUCGAGGUUUGCAAAUAAAUCACGAGGAUGAAACUAUUCGACCUGUUUUCUCCACGCUGCAACGAGCAGAAUAUCCUACGAAUAGAUCGUUAUUUAUUCGUGAACAGACGGAGGAGAUGUAUCGCGAAAUGCUACUUGAACAUAAAAAAAGAAGAGCUCGGCGAGAUAUACAUCCAGAAUUAAAUACACAAGGUAUUGCCCUUGCCGAUUUAACUCAAAGAGCACAAAUUGGACAGAAACACAAAUUAUUAAUCGGUCCUUCUAUACGUAUCACUCCAGCAAAGAAACGAAUAAAAUUGGAGCAAUCACCACUUUGUCCACCAGUACCAAGAUUAACGAAUUCUAAUUCGAUAAAACACGAAAGCGAUAAUAGUGAUUAUUCUCAUACAACAGAUGAAAACAGACAUUCCAGUACAUUGGAUAUUGAUCAUAAGAUGUUAACACCAAUUAAAUCAGAACCUAUAGAUGCAUACGAGAUGCAUCAAAUAUCCAAGAAAAAAUUAAGUCCUGCUACACCAAAAGGUAGCAAAUGUUCUAUGAUAACUACUCCAGAAAUAAAAAAAGAAGUGGAAGAUAUGGAAUAUGAUGACAUAAAAACAGAACUUAGUACAGGAAUGAAUGAUGAUAUUCCUCCAGAAACAGAAGAAGAAGAAGAAAACGAUAAAAAGCUUGAUUUAGAUAGCAUUGAUAUGAUGCAACUCCCUAUACAACUUGAUGAUGGAAUUGACAUAUUGGACGAUGUAAAAUGCGAAGAUGAAAGAGUUAUAUCAAUACCAGAUAAAGAAAUUACAGUUCCAAGUAAUGAAGAAACUAUUGAUAUCAACAAUGGAGCAGAAUUAAUGCAAGAAACACAUGUUUGUUUUUUUUCGCUAUUAAGAGAUGCGUUCACCUCAAAAGGUGAAUAUAGAAUGAGUACAGGAGAAAUGAAGGAAGCUAUUACACAGUGGCAAGGAAAUCCUAUUUCGCCGUUAAACGAUUGGUAUUCUUUAGCAUCUUCUUGGCCAGCAUUAGUUCCAUUAGCUUUGGGAUUUUUAGCUGGUGAGCUCACAUAUUCUCAAGAAAUAGGUGAUCGACAAGAAAGAGAGUCAGAGCUUGUUCCUUACUUAGAAAACAAAGGAAAUGGAGUCUAUGCGUGGAUUGGUGCUGGACGAGAUUCAGACUCUCGUCUAUUGGACUUGUGUACGAAAUUUUUAAUGCACAAAGAUUCAUUAGGCCUAUCAACUGCAACUAGCACUUGUUCUCUAGCAGUUACAAAGCAACAAAAUCAAGUGCCUCUAGCUAAUAACAGCAAUGUUAACAAUAAUUCUGGAAGUGGAAAUACAAAUUCAAGCGCCAGAGAUUCUAGCCCAGCAAUAGAAUCGAUCAGUGUCGACAGUGGAUCCAUUAAUACUGUUGCAGAAUGGGAACCACCUCGUGCGCUAUGGCCCACAGAAUGGAAAGUUCGACCAUCUACGAUGGAAGAACGAGAAGAAUUUAGGAGGCAAGAGCGUAUGCGUUACGCUGCACCUCAUAAAGCAUUUACAUAUAGAAUGCAUGGUUAUGCCUCUGUUGUAGGUCCAGUGAAAGGCAUUUAUCAACAUAAUGUUGCUUCUGGUUUAACCAAGGCUCGCGGACACUCAUUAUUAGUAGCAGACAGACCAAAUUUUGUGACGAUCUUAGCCUUAGUCAGAGAUGCUACUGCAAGGCUUCCCAAUGGUGAAGGAACUCGAGCUGAUAUUUGUCAGUUACUAAAAGAUUCCCAAUACAUUCGAGAACAAACAGAAAGUGAUGAUAAAGAAGGAUAUUUACAUUCUGUAGUAUCUGGAGCUUUAGACAGAUUGCAUUAUGAAACAGAUCCCUGUGUACGGUAUUAUCCACGACGUAAGGAAUGGCUAUAUCUUCAUCGAGCACGUUCAGAAUCAGAAUUUGAAAUGUAUCAUCAACAAUUGCAAGGCGUUGCAAAGAAUAAAAAAAAUGUUGGUAGCAUGUCUCGAAAUAAAGCUCUUCUGCCAGUCAUAAAACCUGCUAAUGUUAACAAAGAACAAUCUCCUAAUAGUACUAAAGAAACGACACCUAAAAAAGAAAGAAAAACUGCAACUACUACCCAACCUGUUAUUUCAAGCAGAAAAGAACAAAAGAAAAGUGAAGAGAAAAAUAUCAAUGAUCAUUCCAUUUCUACGGAACAAUCUGUUGUAGUUACGAAUGUAACAACAACAAUUAAUACGCCUACAACUUCAAUAAUUUCCAUGUCAGGGACCACUGUUCCAAUUACGUCUCUUCCAGCUUCUUCAACUUCUAUUAAUAGCAUUACUGUAGAAAAAGAUGUAAUUAAUGAUGUGAAAGCUCAAAUUACUACAAACACUCCAGCAAAAAAAGCAACUAAUAUUGGUGGAAAACCAGUUGCUGUUGUAAAAAGUAGUGCUCAGAGUUUGUUACAAUCAAAUCAACAACAUUUUCCACAUCAUCAAAUUCAAGUAUCAACAUCUGCUGGUCUACAGACUAUUAGAUUAUCUGGACACUCUGUUUUACAUUCUGCUCAAUCUGUGGUAGCUAGCAGUGCUUCUAAUGUGACGAAUGUAACCACAAAUUUAACUACCAUAUUACCUCCUGUUAAAGUUCAAAGUCAACAGCAAUCACAACAAUCACAGCAACAACAACAACAACAAACAAUAGUAACUAAUCAAGCAGGAAAAAGUAUUUUGCAAACUGCUAAUAUAAAACAACAAUCUCCACAACAACAUGUACUACCUGGAAAAACUUUGUUAGCUUCUCAAAUAAAAUUGGUUAGUCCAGGACAAAUUAAAUCUCUUCUCACAGGUCAUGGACUUCAAGGCCAAACAAUAUUUAUUAAACAAUCGCCGUCUAGUAAUCAGUCACAGCAAAUACAACAACAACAAUUAAAGCAACAACAACAGCAAAUUCAACAGAGAGUUGUUACUAAUCAGCAACAAUCGAUACAAACAUCUGGUAUGCAGCGCAUAAUUGCGCAGAUAGGAGGAAAACCAAUUGCAGUGCAAAUUCAACAAUCACCGCAUCAACAGCAACAACAGCAACAACAAAAGAUAUUAGCAAAGGUUUUAACUAGUUCUAAUAGUGGUCAACUUAUUUCAGUAGAAAAUCUUCUUGCUCAGAAAGGAUUGAAAUUGGCGACUACAACUAGCCAUGCUAAUCAACUUAAUAGACAAGGAAAACAAGUCAUACAAACUCAAUAUCAAGUAGUGUCACAAGCACAGACUUCUUCGGGUCAAUCAAAGAUUAUAGCUAGUACACAACAGCAACAGCAAUCACAACAAGCACAAACUGUACGAAUGGUAACGGCUCAAUUAGCUGGAAAGCCAAUAGUUUUAGCAAGUGGCAACAAAAAUGUAGGAGUUGGAGUAAGCAACAGCGGAAGUGUAGUUCUCGGAAAACAACAACCAUCACAACAACAGACACAACAACCUAUAAUUUUACCGAGCCAAUUACUCAAUAUUAAAACAUUGCAUGGUUUAAAAGUGAUACCGACUCCAGCUGGAUUAAAAACCACAGGCGCAGCGGUAUAUGCACGAGUUAUUGCUCCAACCACUAUAACUUCAUCUCAAUCACCGGGAAAUCAACAACAGACUAUCCAAACACAACCUUCAAGAAAUAAUACUUACAGUACACCUUGACAGAUUUAAUGUCAUUUUCUUUUUCAUUUAUCCUCAUUCACAACUUAUUUUAAUCUCCUGUAGUUUAAAAUUUUAAGGGAGGAACAUACUAUUUAUGUGCAUAGAAAAAAGGAAAUGAAAUGUAAUAAAAGUUAGUGAAGCUCGUACAUAGAAUUACAUUUUAUGUUACAUAUUAUAUUAUUUAGAUUCGGCGAAAUUAAAAAAAAAAAGGAAAAAAAAAAUCGUCCAGUUUAUUCGACACGCUGACAGGGAUCAAGGCACGGAGUUUACAUCAAGAUACUUGAAAUGAGAACAGACGAAAUUUUUUUUUAUAAGUGUCGAAUUAUUUACAAAUGCAUGGUACGAUUUUAAAUACAAAAAAACACGUUUCUUCGUUCUCUUGUAUCAAGAAGAUUCUUGGCAGCGUUGCAUGUAACGCAUUAAAUAAAACUUAUUACAUAAUAGUA